GCAGUUUUCGGUACAGUCACUUGACUUGACAGAUGAUUCUACGUCGUUUUGCUUCUGCAACGUAGGGAAAAUAGUAGUUAUAUCGAUUUUUGAUAUGGAUUUCGUGAAAAAAAGACGUUGACUCAGAGUAGAAGAGGAGGUCUGCAGUCAAUUUUGACACCGUCAGUCAAAACUACGCGUUAUCCACCUUACAGUUUUACUAACUUGAGGUGUUUUGACACUUCAGGACUGUAGAAUUACAGAAUGAGUACCAAAGACACUGAUGACUCGCAGACGAGCCACAAAACUCCGCUAGAGAGGUUAAGCCAAGAGGAACUCAUCAAAAAGUAUCGGCAAGCUAUUUUAAUUGCUCAAAAAGCUAAGGAAUCGAAAUCUGAGUUUUUAAAACACAUUGCGCAGCAAGAAGACCUUGUAAGAUCUUUGGAGGAGAAACUUCAGAAAUGUGAAAGUGAUAAGAAGGCAGAAGCUGAGUUUCGCUUUAAGUUAGAAGCUGAUCUUAAAAGUGCCAGAGAAAGCAAAGAAAGUUCUGUACAGGAGAAACAUGACAAGGACUCUGGCAACUCGAUUCAUGUUGAUAUCUCAGAAAAUGAACAGCUCAAAUCCAAAAUGGAAGAUCUUAGUUCAGAAAAUUCCCAGCUUGCAUUUGAAUUGGAAACAUCAAAAGUCAAAAUUGUAACCCAAGAAACUGAACUUCUGAAAAUUAAAGAAGAAUUGGGAGAAGUAUCUUAUCUUAAAAGCCAAUUGGAGAAGAUGGUUGAAACCAAAGAUAGUGAGACAAAGAUUCUACAAGAUACUCUCAACACUGAAAAGGAAACUUUUGAAAAAUGUCAUCAAGAGUUAUGUAGCAAAUUGAAAUACUUAGAAGAAAGUUUAAAAAAUGAACAAGAACAAAGAAAUAGGGAUUUGCAAAUGAAACAAGACAUUCUAAACCUUGAAGAUGUGCUACACAAGAAAGAAGAAGACAUAAAGGCACAGGAACAGUGUAUUAAUGAACAGAAGGUCCAUUUGUGCAGACUUGAAAUGGAACUUGCUGAAAAACAGUCUCUUUACACUGAGAGCUGUGAAAAAAUUAUAGGGUUAAGUUCACAGUUGGAAAACUUGAAAGACGUCAUAGAAUCAAAGCCUGCAGAAAACGAGGUUGAAAUAUUGACAGCAGAAAAAUUGAGAUUGGAAAAUGAACUAGCAGAAAGAGAUAAAAAAAAUCAUGUGAAAGAGGAAACCUUGGCUCAACUUUCAUCAGCACUUGAAGAAAUAAAACAUAAAUUCCAGGAGCUUGAAAUAGCAUCUUCAGAGUAUUCUACUGCAGUAAUUCAACUUCAAUCAGAGAAUGAACUUCUGUCUCAGAAGGUCUCAUCCUUGGAAUCUGAAAAACGUGCGAUCAAUUGCCGUCUGGAAGAAUGCAAAACAAUAAUAGAGGAUAAACCAUUGGCUGACAGUUUGGCUGCAGAAAACUCGAAGCUGCAGCAUGAAAUUACAAUAAAAGAUGAAGAAAUCGGUCUGAAAGAAAACUCAGUAAUUCAGAUGAGAACAGAGUUACAGCAAAUAAAGGAAGACUUUGCUCAGAUGUUAUCAGAAUCUUCUUCUAAAAUAGAUUGUUUAGAAUCAGAAAAUAUGAGCCUUUGUCAGAAGAUUUCAUCUCUAGAAAAUGGAAAUGAGGAAUUAAAUCACUCACUCAUGGAAAAACUUAAUGAGAUCAAGGAAAAGGAGGAAUUUGUGUCUACCCUACAAGACCAAUUGAAGGAUGCCCAAACAAUAGUCAGAGAAAAGCAAGAACAUAUAGAAAAAUUAAUGUCAUCAGUAACUGAUUUAGAGUCAGAGGUUCAAAAUUUUAAAAUAUCUUCACAGUCACAACAACCUGUUCAAUCUACUGAAAUAUCCACAGAGGAAAAGACCAAAUUUGAGAGUGAAAUUGUCGUAAGAGAUGAACAAAUUUCUAAAAUGAGUGCAGAAACGUGUCAGAUUUUAUCGGAACUCUCCAAAGUUAAGGAAGAUUUUCUAUCUAUGGAAACACAAAAGCUAGAAACGCUGCAGAAGUUAGCCGACACACAUGAUCUACUUGAAAUAAAGCAGAAUGAAAUUGUUGGUCUUAAUGAAAAACUAGCAGUUGCUUAUCAGUGUGAAGAGGAAUUUAAAGAAAAAUUACGUUUGGUACAAACCAGUUUAUCUGAAAAAGAAUCGUUUAUACAAGAGCUUGAGCAAGAGAUUUCCAAACUAAGAGACGCUGCUGCUAUUGACUCAACAAAUACUGAAAUUUCCAGUACAUUUUCCUUAAGCAGAGCCGAAGAGAUGACAAGAAUGAAGGACUUGGAAGACUCUUUUGAAGAUAAAUACACAAAGUUGCGGGUUGUAGCUGUCAAAUUAAAGAAACGAGUAACAGAUAUCACCCAAACGUUAGAAAAUGAGCGUUUGAAAUCAGCAACAGAAAAAUCAGAACUUCAAUCGAAACUUGCUCAAUUGGCAUCUCAUGGAAAGACUGUUCAGACCCUCCAAGCUGAAGUAGAUCGCUUACAAGAUUUACUCGAAGACCAAAAAAGGAUUCAACAACAAUUGUCCAAAGAUCUUGAGUCUGCUGUUAAAGAAGCUGCUUCAAAGAAAUUUGAGCUUGCUUCUGUUCAAGAGGAGCUGUCACAAGUCAUCAAUGAGAAAAAGAGCCUGAAAACGUCACUGGCCUCUCUUGAGUCUAGUUUAUCACAAACAGGGACACUUAAAAGUGAAAUAGAGAAGUUAAGUAAAGAAAUUAAGGAAAAAGAUCUCACACUUGACAUUUUAAAGGAUGAAAAGCAAAAACUAUCAGAGCAAUUGGAAAAAGUCUGUGUAGAUGCUAAGAAAAAAAGUGUUUUGAGUUUAGAGAUGGCUGAUAUGGAGAAAUCAGUGUCUGAACUAAACCGGCAGCUAUCUGCUGAGCGAGACCGUUUGAAGAAAUCUGAAAAUGAUUUGGAAGAAGAACACUCUUUAUUAGUAGAGUUACAAAACCAAUGUAAGAAACUAGAAGCCAAUUUGCAUGUUAAAGAAGAAUCUAAUCUAGAGUUGAGGGAACAAUUAACUGAAGCUAAUGGAGUGGUUGAAAAAUUAAAUUUAAUAUGCAAAGAGAAUCAAGAAACUAUUGACCAGCUUUCGAGACAGCUUGAGAGUGAACGAACAAAUAUUGAGAAACUAAAUAUACAAUAUUCAGAUCUGGCUGCAAAGCAGGUGCAAACCAAUGAGAGUGCAAGGCAUCAAAUUGAAGCACUAAGCCGUCAGGUUUUUCAACUUGAAGAGCAAUGUUCUUCCCUUCAAGAUAAUCACAAAGCAGUGGAAGAUGAACUGGCUACAGUACGGAGAGAAUUUGAAAACUACAAAGUACGAGCCCAAAGUGUAUUACGCCAGUCAGCCAAACAAGAAGAUCGUGUUUUGUCCUCUAGCACUGUACAUGAUGCUGAAGAACUAGAAGUUGAAGUAGAAAGAUUACGAGUAAACAUAAGCAGCCUCAAAGAAAACCUCAAGCAAACAAUGUCCCAACUUCAAGCAGCACAACAAGAAGUUAAUGUGGAGCGGGAAGAUAAAAUACGAGCCACUACGCAGGCCCAGAGUUUUAAAGAAUCUUGUGCUCAGGCUGUUGAGCGCCAGAAUGCUGCUGAGGAACGUCUUUCAGUGGCUGUGGAAGAAGCAAAGCAAGCAAAACUUCACUCAGAUAUGCUUGUUCAGUGUUACAAGCAACAACUAGAAGAUCUAAAAACAACCCAUCAGAAAAAGAUUGCAAGUUUGACUGAACAGAUAGAAAAUUUGCAAAUGUCAAUUAAAACUUAUUCUACUGCCCCUGCUGAGAGUGAUCGAGCACCCAGUGUACAGAGUGCUCAUUCCCCUAUUGCAGAGUGGACAGCCCAACUUCCAAGCACAGUUCAUUCAGACUCUGACUUGGCUAUGCGUUUGUCCUCUCUUCAUCGUGAAGAAGGAGAGGGAUCAGAAAGUGUUGAUUCAUUCCCCUCACGUCGCAUUUCUGUUACAACUCAAGACAGAAGACAUGAACUAGUUCCUCUCGAUAAAUUAUUGUCUUCAACAUCCUACCCAGAGGAUGAUUCUAGAGAGCUUGCUAGAUCUAACUCUUCGGAUUUGAAUGUAGACUUGGUUCAGUCCAAACUGAGUGCAUGUGAGUCAAGAGCUGUACAUUUAACUGCUCUACUGAGUGAAGCGGAAAGCGAUGCUGCUCGCCUGUCCCAGCUUAAUGCAGUCCUUAAAGAAGAAAUCAGAAGACAGCAGCGUAGUGAGGAACGUGCUCAACAUGCUCACAACUUGGAGUAUCUCAAGAAUAUUGUCGUAAAGUUUAUUACGCUGCAAAAUGGUGACGAAAGACAACGCCUUGUUCCUGUGCUCAACACCAUAUUAAAACUCAGUCCUGAGGAGGCAAGUUUAGUUGAUAAUGCUGCUAAAGGUGCAUCGCAAGCAAAUUCUACCGGCCGUGGUUGGGGUAGUUAUCUUCCUUUGCCGGGAUGGACUGGAUCAUGAAAUUGAAGUGGUAUAAAAGUUAUUAAUAGUGUGCCGUGACUUUUCAUGUCUGUGAUAAAUUUCUGCAAAUUCGAAGAUAUUUUAAGGAAGACUCUUUUGAAACUUCUAUUAGCUACUUCUAUUUUGUUUUAAUGUGAUACUUUGAAAAGUAUUUACAUAAAAACAACAAAAAAACAAGGUCAUUGAAAUUGUUUUUGUGCUGCACUUCAACACUUCCAAUUGUUAACUUUAAGGGUCAUCUGUUAUUGUUUUGGGUCUGUUCUGUGGUUUUUAUAUUUAUAUUGAUAAUUGCUAAUUUUUAUUGAGGGAUGACACUAGUACAAAAUCAAAUUAGUUCUGAAUCAAUAAUAGUGUUUUUUCCCUUCUGAUUUUGAUUAUCUUAUUCUUUUAUGGAAGGUUGAGGAUAUGAUGACAGUCUUUUAGGCCGAAUACCUCUCCAACUCUCAAAAAGAACCUAUGUAAGUUGCUCUAUUUGUUCCAUCAAUGAACUGUUAACUUUGCCGUCUUCGGUUGCACACAUUGUGAUGUGUAUGGUCUAAUAAAAUCUGUUAUUAUCGAGGAAAUCAACUUAUGUGUGUGGGCGUGUUUUAUCUCUAGUUGUGGUUGUUGAAACGUGCUGUCGUCCAGGUGUCAAUAAACGAAGCGAUGCCAUAUCGA